AUUUGCUUCGAUGUGUCCCGAUGAAAUUUUAGAUUAUUAUGACGAUUAUGAGACAAGAUCUUAUUACACCACUUUAAUGUUGGGCGAUGUUUCAGGCUUCACUGAUUUGACGGAAAAAUACACUAAAUUUGGAAAAGGAGGACCAUCGAAAUUGACUGAAAUUUUAAAUACCUACAUUGGUUCUAUGGUCCAAGAAAUUCUCUCUCAUCGUGGUGAUGUGUUGAAAUUUUCCGGAGAUGCUAUAAUCGUAAUGUGGAAAUUACAAGAAGGAAUGUCAAUGCAGGACAUUGCAGUUGAAGCAAUGCAAACCGCCUGUGUUAUUCAGAAACAUUUUGGUACCUUUGAAACCGACGUUGGAGUGACGCUUAAAGUGAAAUUAGCAAUUGCAUCAGGAAAAACGAGUUUUACAUCAAUUGGAAAAGCUACAUUAUCCUCUUAUUAUAUCAUUACGGGGAAACCUGUUUGGGAUGUAAAAUAUGCUGAAACUUUAUGCAGAGGUGGAGAUAUUAUAGUGGCUCCGAGUUGUUGGAAAUGGGCCAAUCCUACUGAUUAUAUUUACACAAAAUUACCGGACGGAAUUCAUAUUCUCAUUUUGGCGUGUCCUGUUUUAUAUGAAAGUGCCAGUAAACGGGAUUUUGAAGAUACAACUCCUUCGGAUUCUGAACAUGAAGAAUUUCAUAGACAUGUUGAUUCUCUGAGACUUGAAUAUAAUGUUGAUUUCAUUUCAAGAUAUGACAUGAGUAUUGAAAAACAAUAUCAGACUCCUUUGGAGCAAAUUGAUUAUCGUCUUCGUCCAAAAUUGAUAAAAGUUGCAAAAAAUCGUUUGAAAAACGCACUUAGCAGUUACAUUCCAAGGCCGGUUGUUCGAUCAGUCGAAUUGGAUGAACCAAUGGAAUAUUUAACAGAAAUGAGACAAGUUGUUAUAGUUUUUGUCAACGUAAUCACGAAAAAUGUCAAUAAAAUGCGAUUAAUUCGUCUUGUCAAUCAUACGUAUACUUUAAUUUGUGAAAUCGUGAGUGAAAUGCAAGGAUGUGUGAACAAAACUUCUCUCUUCGAUAAGGAUCUUAUGUUCCUUUGCAUUUUUGGAUUACGAGGCGACAAACACGAAUUAGAAUCUCAAAUUGGUUUACGUUGUGCUUCAAAAAUAAGACAAAGUUUAAUUGAAUUGAAAAAUAUUGCAUCAGUGACUGUUGGAGUAACAACUGGAAUUACAUAUUGUGGUGUUGUUGGUCAUAUUUUAAGAAGAGAAUACACUGUGAUUGGUAUGGCUGUUAAUAAAGCAGCUCGACUUAUGUGUACUUACACCGACAAAGCAAUUUGCGACAGAGAUAGUUUUCUUCAUUCACAUUUAGAGGCGAGACAUUUUGUUUUGCAAGAAGUAAAACAACUCAAAGGCAUAACAAAUAUUGGUCCUGUUUAUGAAUUUCUAGAGCAAGCGCAAGAAUCUGGAUCAAAAUUGAUGCCAAGUAAAUAUCCUCUUCUUGGAAGAGAUGAAGAGUUAAAGAUUUUCAAAAAUUUACUUCAAAAUUUAUUGCUAUCGCGCAAUGAAAGGAGAAAUAAAAAUACGAGACCUAAUAAAAGUAUCUUAAUUGUAAGAGGUGUAUCCAGAAUAGGAAAAACAAGAUUAAUGGACGAAUUUACACAAUUAGUUCCAUCGAAUAUUUCUUUCAAUUUUAUAUCUCUUGGCUUAAACGACGGCAAGAUUCCAUUUAGACUUGUUUAUUUAAUAUUUUCUGUUACAAUGGGACUGACGGAAAAUUCAUCAGUAAAAGAUCGAAUGGAUAAAUUGCUUCAGAAUUUAUUGAAUUUUCAAGAAGUAGAAUAUUUAUGCGUUCUUAAUGAGCCAUUUAAGGUAGAUUUUAAAAUAAGUGCCGAAUUUAGAGAGCUAGAAAGAAAAGAAAAACAACGAUUCUUACGAAAAGUACUCAUUAUAUUAAUGUAUAAUUGUUUCGAAAAAUUUUGGGUUAUUUUUAUUGACGAUAUUGAAUAUGCCGAUGGAGAAUCAAUUUCUUUGUUAAAUACUCUAAUAAAAUUGGAUUUAAUUUUAUUUGUCAUUGGCUCUGGGCAAAAGGUCACAAAUCCUUAUUCAUUUCAUAAGGAAAUUAUAGAAAGAACACAGACGAUUGAUCUUUUGGGUGUGAAGAGAUGGUUUCACGCUGGUCUCGCUUGUCAGUUUCUAAAUUGCCAAGCUAUUCCGGCGGAACUUGAAAAAACAAUUCAACAAAAAAGUUUGGGCAAUCCUGGAUGGAUAGAAAGCUAUCUUGUCAGUUUAGAACAAUCAGAAGGAAUAUGCAUAAAAAAUGUAUCAAAAACUGAUGUUAUAAAUAUAGGUCUUGUAUUUCCUCCAAAAGAAAUGCUAAUAAGACAAAUACUACCAGAUGCUACAAUACCGAUAAUCAGUCAUAAAAAUGAACUUAAUCCGUGGAAAAUGUACGGCAACAGUUUUAAGGAAAGUGAUGUGGAAGUUGAAAAGAACAAAUUGGAAGUGGAUGAAAAAUUAAUCACAGUUUGUGUUUUGACAAAAAAAUUUGCCACUGAAGAUUUAGGCACUGAAGAUUUAGGCACUGAGGUAACAAUAGAUGUGAUAAUUCUGAAACUUUUUGACUCAUUAAGUCCACUUGAUCAACUUCUUUUAAAAUGUGCUGCUGUCUUGGGAGAGACUAUCGAUCGAAAAAUGAUGGAAAGUUUAAUGCAUGGCAUAGCUCAAAGAGAAAUUGCAAUUACUGUUUCAAAAUUAUUUGAAAUGAGAUUAUUGGGAUGUGCUGUCGGCGAUUUUAACCGAAGUCCUGGGCCUCUAAUAUUUUUUAAAAAUUUGCAAGGUUCAAUUUUUGAUAUCGAAGUUCGAUGUGGUUGCUUAGGAUUUGAAAUUGAUGAAUCCUUGGUAGAUUUACCAAAAUAUGCCUCGUGUCGAUUAAUGCGAUUCAAAAUGACUUUACUUCGAGAAACAACUUACAAACUUCUGACGGAAAAUCAAAAGGUCGAAUUCCAUAAUAAGGCAUUAAAAUAUCUUCAAAGAACAACAAGACGUUGUGUUUCGUGUGGCGAGGGAAGAUUUGCAAAACUCUUGGGCGAAACAACAGUGGAAGAAACAAUUCCUCGUGACACUUUAGAUGUGAUUGAUCAUCUACUGGAAACUCAGUCCUAUUCUCCUAAUCCAUCAAGAGCACUUUAUAAUAACACUAAACGACGAAAAACAAUGACAAGAAAAUUGGCAACGUCCUGUUUAACAAUUUGCAAAUCAGUUGAAAAAGUUCCAACACGAUCAUUUUCUCAAAUGGAUUUUAGUAAUUGUCAAUGUAACAUGAUUCUUUUAACAGUUUAUUCUCAAAUGGUGGACCAUUGUCGGGGAAUGGGUAUGAAAAGUAAAUUAUUAACAGCAAUUCUUGAAUUUACCGAUGUUUGCAUAUCCACUUGUAAUAUUCCUCAAGCUCGAAAAUUAGUUAAUGAAGGAGAAUUAAUUUUAGAAGAGAUGUACGGAACCAUAAAAGAUGGUUUAAUAACUCUACCCUAUUUAAAGGGUAAAAUUUAUACAUUACAAGGAAGAUGUUUUCUUGAAAGUGGUCUUAUAACCGAGGCUGAAACUUGUUUUAAUUUGGCUGUGAAGACAAUGGGAUAUUAUUUUCCAAAAAGUCGAAUUAUGAUUAAAACAAAAACAGCAAUAAUGCUUAAAAAAUUAAAGAAAAUUCUCACUUGGUUUAGACCAUGUAAAGUGGGAAUUUUAGAUGGCAUCGCAGCUGAUUAUGUCGAUCAAUUCGCCAAUUGUCUCGCCCAAAUGUUCAUUAUAUUCAGGUUGAAAGGAAUGUUUAUUCAUGCACAUUUGGCUGCAAUUUGGGGAUUAAUUGUUGCUCUUGAAUCGAGUAAAGAUUUUUUUGUUCUCUGCACUGCUUACGCUAAUGUGAUGGUCACGGCUAAUUAUAUCGAUCUCGGAAAUAUUAUUUCACAUUUGGAAAAUGAUGGCUUGAGAAUUUGUAGUCAAAGAAAAGAUGCUCUUGAAUUGCAAGAAUUGAAAGCAGUGGGUGAACUUUAUUCGGGAAUAUUCUCCUCUCGAUGGCUACGUGGAAUGACUUUGAAAUCUUGCAAUUUAGGAUUUAUUGGAAACAGAAUUGCUGCGACUGUUCGAUCAACUAUUUUACAAUUAACAAUAUUGCCAAGACUUAUUCAAGUUAUGUUAGUAACUUGUCGAAAUGAUGAAGCUAUUUAUUUAUUAAACGAAAUGGAAAUGAUUUCCAAUAGCGAUAUGGAUAAAUCGGGAAAAACUUGGUAUUAUGCACUUUGUGUUGAUGUUCUUUUAGAAGCAAGUAUAACAGUUAUUCCAUUUUAUAAAUGUGAACAAUUUUUUCAAGAAGAAAGUGAUACUAUGUUAAAUUUGAGAGAUCCAGAGGCAGAAAGACGAUUUUUUACUUGCAUGUGGCUUUGGUAUGUGAGAGGAGGUGAUUGGGAAAUUGCAACAGUUUGGAAAAAUAGAAGAGUUGCUAAUACCGAUGUUAUAAUGGAUGGACAUACAAUUUCAUCAGCAAUUACAAUUUUAAAAAGAGUUGAAGGCUUAUUGAUACUUUAUGUAAAUAAAGUUGAUAAUAGAAAUGCAGAAGCAGCAGCUGAAACUCUUGAAGAGAUACGAGAAUUAUUUAAAUUUCUCAAAAAAUUGCAAAAAAUUAUCAAAGUUCUUUGCUGCAGAUAUUAUUUAAUGAGAGCUUAUUACUUCAUGGUUCGUUUUCAAAUAAAAAAGGGCUUCAAUCUUUUGAAAAAAACCAAAAAAUUGGCCAAUAAAUAUCAACUUCUUUUGUUAUAUAAAUGGGCCGAUCACAACGAAAAGGCUUGGGCUGGUUCCUUAAGUGAAGUUCAAAGAGAUUCUUGGAUGGACAAAAGAAUUUCAGGAUCAUUUACAUAUUUACUAAACGGACAUGCAAAGGACACAAUACUACCUUACACUUUACCUAUACCAAAAUUUAUGCAAUAGAUUUUAUUGUUUUUAACGAAAGAUUAAAAUCAAAUUUAUCAUAAAAGUUAAAAAUAAUUUAGUUUUAUGUAUUUGUAUUAUUAGAAAAUGUGAUUUUUAAAAAAAAAUAUUAUUUAAUUUAAAACAAUAUUUAAAUAUUUGUAUUUCAUUUAUUUACAAUCUCAAUAGAAUUAUUAUUAAUUAAUAAUUCAGAUAUUAUUCCAAUUA